AACAUCGUAUUAUAACUGUCAAUUAAAAUUAACAAAAUUUGCGAAACGAAACAAGACGCGACGCCGAUAGUGUUCAAAUGAAAAUACGAUUUGUUGUUAUAAAGAAUUAUUUUAAUGAUGCACUAUAUCUUGAUUGGUUAAUUUAUUGUGUGCACAAAAGGCAACUAUGGCAGACCUCUCAGAAGUCGAAAAUUCAGGACGAUUCUCGAGGCCAUCGCUAGCGCAAGUUAAGGCAGUCAUAGACUUCAUGCAGAAGCACCCUGAACUAGCUAACAGAAAGUUUCGGUAUGGUAUGAACCAUGAAAAAUUUAAAAAGCUAUGGUUUGAACUAUCCAGUAUGGCUAAUUCACUUAAUGGAGCAGUAAAAUCCACUAAAGGCUGGAUUAAAUUUUGGUCAGACAAGAGGAGAAGUAUAAGGCUAAAACAAAAGCAAAUUGAUGAAGGAAAACUUGAUGAUAGACUAACACCUCUAGAAAAGAAGAUACUAGAAUUAUCACUAGCAGAGAAUUCAAUAUCUACUAAGAAAAAAAAAGGUGUAAAGCAAGAACCAGUGAAUGGAGAAGAUGAUGAAGAUUCCAAUGAUGAAUCCUUCCUGAAAGAGAUAGAGGAAAUGGACUUCCCUGGAGAAACAAGCAAGCUGCUGGUCACAGAAGCUGAUGAGAGACAAAUGUCUAUUAUGGAGAAACUGGUGGAAGUAAUGGACCAACAAGCAGUUGCCAUGAACCAGCUCGCACAAGCCUCCCUCAGCAACUCCAAGGCUAUGGAAAGACUGGCAGAAGCAUCACACAUACAAGCCCUAGCCGUGGACCGACUCGCGAACUCCUUCGACAGUAUCAGCGCCUCCGUGCACGACGUGCGUAACGCCAUCAUGAGCAUAGACUACACCAUGAAGAGGUGCUACACGGCCACAACGACGCAACACAGGCAAAACUCCAAUAUCUUUAGUUAAUUGACAUGUAGUUCCUAUCUUUGGUAUUGUAUUUGUGCAAUUUAAGUGAAUUUAUAUCUUAGGCAAAGGAAUAGUAACUAUACUGAGACGUGUAAAGGGCAGUAUUACAGACUUAAAUUUGACGUCUUAGGUAGAUGGCGCCAAUAUAUUAUGGUAACAGAGAGUCUAAAAAAAACACGUUUGACGUGUUGCCUCCCUGUCACACUUAGAUAUUUACAAGUGCGACAGAACAGUCAACACGUUAAACGUGGUUUGCGGUCGGUAGGCCCUCUAAAGGCCUAUUGCGAACCACGGUCGACGUGUUGCCUCCCUGUCACACUUACGUACGAAUUUACAAGUGCGACAGAGAGGCAACACGUCGAACGUGGUUCGCGGUAGGCCCUCUGGAUUGUACAACGUUUGACAAUCUAUUUAUAACAAAGAGCGCCGUUCAACUACAGCUGUCAAACUUGCGGCUUUACGCGUCCUAGUAUUCCAUGUAUAUGGUGUAAGCAGUUCAUUGUUGUUUUUUUGGCAUUAGGAAGAAGGUAAGCUAUCUUGACGUCUCUUCUGAUUAAAAAUCACUUUUGAAAAAUAAGUCAUAGCAAAUAUGUAACAAUAAUAAAUCAUAUACUCGUACGAUCUUUUACAUUAUUUUGCUUUCAUAAGUAAUAUAAACAAUUUUUUAAAGCGUAAUUUCAAUAAAAAGACAAAUCAAGAUUUUUCUUUUUUUCUACAUGCUAAAAAACUAACUAUAGCUAUAGACAUAGGUUCGUUCUACGCGGCUUCGAGUUCGGUCCAGGGGGCCUACCGCGAAAACCGCAAUUCGCAAAUUGCGGGGAUCUUUCUCUUUUACUUUCACUAAAACGUAAUUAGUGACAGAGAAAAAUGCCCGCAAUUGACGAAUUUCGAUUUUCCCGGUAGCCGCCCUGUCUUACGGCUGAUUUAUACUGCCUUAGGGAUCGAAUGCCUUUUUGUUAUUCUUUUCACAAAUUAUCCGGUAUGGUCGUUGGUAUAUUUUUGCGUUUCUGGGUUGAAUAUUUUUUUUAUAUAUAAUAAUAAUGAAAUCUUUAUUGCUUUAAACCUUACAUUACAUUUUUAUACCUAUUAUAAAAUUUACCAUUACGCGCUAUGACCGAUCUCACUACGCCUUGUCCAACAGUGAACUGCUGUCUGAUGAUGAUGAAUGUACGAUUUUAUAGCUGAAACUUUAUUUUUUGACGUAGUCUAUUUAUUAGCCUUAUAAUUAAUAGCAAUGUAUGUUUAUUAAUUCCCAUUUACCUACUACAUAUUUAUUAAUUGCCAACUGAGUAUUAGUGAGUGGAGAAAAUGGUUGUUACACUAUAUUUAUUUUACUUCAAAAUACUAUUUCAAGUCAUUAUGUGGCUUUAUAAUAAUACUAUGUUUAUGGUAAAUAUUUCGUAUACUUUAUCAUUCUGUGAAAGCCAACAUAGUUAACGAAUAACCGUGCCAUAUUGAUUUUGGUAGGUACUUUGAAGUAAAAAAAAUAGUAUAGAUAUACGCGCAAACCUACUAUGAUUGCCUAGAAGUAGGAGUCAUUAUUUUAAGCCCAAUGAAUUAUGUUUACACUAAUGUACUUUAUAUAUUUUAGUAAUAAUUAUCUCAUCACCAAUUAUACUCGUAUUAUGAAACAAAAAUAUAUUUUUAUUAUAGAUUAUUUAUCAA